GUUCAAUGCAAUGUUUGGUGGCGGUGCAGAAUGCUCUACAAACUCAUUCAAUCCGCUAAACAACGUACUCAAGAAUGCAGAUGUAGAUCGAUCAGUGAUGAAAGAACGCCCCGGCUUGGGCACUUCUUCAUUAUCCGCCUUUCCGAAGAGUUCAACAUCCCUCAGAGAAGGCGAUAGAUUGCAGCAUUUUGGGAAUAGCUCACCUGUAGCACACCACACAGGCCCAUUUGGUAUGGAGGCUAUGAGAACUGAAGUUGGUAGAUUAGCACCUGCAGCUUCUUCUAGUUCAUCAGCCUGGGCUCAUGAAUUCAGCGGAAACCAACAUCAUGAUAUACAGCGUGAUCUACUUGAAAGAUCUUUCAACCAGCAGCAUAGAAAUCUCAGCAAGUCGAAUUGGAAUGAGGAAUAUUCACAGCAACAGCGAGGUGUUUCACCUGGUACUUCCGCCAGUCCUGCUUCUUUGUCACAUGCAGCUAGUCCUUCAAGCUCUAUGUACAUGCAAUCACCGUAUAUGCCAAUAUCGCCUUCAUUUGCUGGUACAACUCAGCAGACGGCGCCAGUUAAUGAAGCAGAGGAGAACGCUAAAUGGGACGAACAGUUCGAUAAAAUGAAUGAGGAGAUUUCCAAAAAAGCUGCUGCUGUUUCAGAGCAAUCAACCGCUACUAAGGAGGAAGACAUACAGGAGCAAUUUAAGCAGACACUUCGUGAUGAAGGUUUAGAUGUCGACAAUAACCAAGAUUAUCUCGCUGAGUUUGAGAAUGUCUGGAAUACUCAGUAUGCACCACAUGAGGAUGCAAGUAACAAAAAUCUUGCUAGUUGGGAGAAGCAAUUUAACAUGGAGAUGAAUAAUGCUAGAGAGAGUAUUGAGAAUGACUUGAUAGAGAAUCAGGCGACUAGCAAUCCCAAUCAGUCCGUCCAGACAUACCAAUUUGAAACCACCAAUCAGUAUAUGGAAUCAGCAGAUCCCUUUGCAGAAGGGCAAAGGUUGUUGAAAGAGGGUGGACCCCUCAGUGAACCAGCGUUGGCUUUCGAAGCAGCAGCUCGACAAUCACCUCACAAUGCAAAGGCCUGGUUAUGGCUUGGCUAUACUCAUGCAAUGGACGAAAAGGAAGAGGCAGCAAUAAAGGCAUUGGAAAGGUGCUUGAAUGAAGACGCAAAUGAACUCGAAGCAAUGAUUCCACUCGCAAUAUCGUACACCAAUGAGGGUGACGACAAUGCGGCAACUCUUACACUAGAGAAAUGGAUAACAAGGAAGUAUCCGUCAACAUUAACACCAGAUACCGGCACAUCAACAGCCAGCAACUGGCCUUGGGCAACGCACCAGCGGGUGAUUGAUUCCUUCUUGAAUAUCGCAAGGACGCAAUUCAGUAGCACGGAUAAGUUGGAUCCUGAUGUGCAAGUGGGCUUGGGGGUGCUUAGUUAUGCAACUAGUAAUUACGACCAAGCACAAGAUUGUUUCAAGACGGCGCUUUCAAUGCGUCCGGAUGAUUGGUUGCUCUGGAACAGAUUAGGUGCCACGUUAGCAAAUGGUGGUAAUUCUGAGUCUGCAAUUGAGGCAUACACUAAAGCAUUAGAAUUGAGGCCGACAUUCACGAGAGCGAUACACAAUCUCGGUGUAAGUUGUCUCAACAUUGGCUGCUACAAGGAAGCAGUCGACCAUCUUCUCAGUGCUAUAGCACUUCAGCAAGCUAGUAAUGAUAGGAGUAUCAAUGAGAGUCAGAGUUUAUGGCAGACACUUCGUCGAUCACUCUUCGCGAUGGACAGACACGAUCUUGCUGCUAUCGCCCAACCUGGUACACCUGUGCAUAAAUUCAAAGACCAUGGAUUUGAUAUUUAACGUCUAAUGUAUUUAGAAACCAUUGUAUACGAAGAUUUAUGAAUUAUCGACCUCUUUAUAAUAACGGCGAUAAGAAAUAUGACGACUACACUGAGAUUUCCGCUUAAAAAGUAUUUAAGAUCUUCUAGUAUGGAUUCACAACAUUGGUCUACAUUUAUAUCGCCGUCGAUGGCUGCAACUUUGGAGAUCUCUCAUCAAACGCGAGAUGGAGAUAUUGCUAGACUUUCUAUAACGAUAACGCACGAUAGUGGUUAUGUAGACACCAUGGUAUAUCGUACCAUCAUCGUGAUUAUUCACAUUUCUAAAAUAUCACUAGGAAUCUAUAGCGUUGCACUCAGAUGAGAAUGCAAAAGUGACGAUGCGAUUGACAUUCAAAGAUAACAUCGUGAUGGUGAAGCAUCCAGAUGGGAGAUUUCAGAUAACAUUCACGACAAACUCCUCAGCAAUUGAGUUCGUAGAUCGCGCGAGGAAGUUCAAAAUUGAGUGUGUAGCUGCUAAUGAGACGAUACCUCUCCUUCGUGAUGGUAUGAGGAGGACGGAGAGUUCGAGCAGCAAACUUGGUAGCCAAUCUAGUUGUUAUUCCAUGCCGCCGCCAGCGACUCAGAUUCAAACACAGUUUAGUCAGAGUUACAAACUAUCUCAACAAGCUACACCACCAGCAAGCCAGAAGCGUAAGAGAGGUGACGAAAUCUCUCUUAGAGAAGCUGAUAGCACUGAUAACAUCGAUAUCGACAUCAAUAAUGACAAGCUACUCACAGAAUCAAUUAUGAGAGU